AUGGAGCAUAAGGGGCCUUUUAUUCUCAUCGUAAUUCUGUCAUGUUUUACAGUAAUAAAGGCGGAAGGGUGCAGCAUCAACCCCUGCCAAAAUGGUGGGACGUGUGAACUGGCCAUCUUGGAACCCGGAUAUAUUUGCCUGUGUUCACUACAAUGGAUAGGAAGAAACUGUGACUUCAACGUCGAUAGUAUACCGACACCUGGCCCUAGUCCCGUUACUUGCAGUUGGACAUACACUGGCACCACAGGUCUCCUUACCUCCCCCAAUUGGCCGGAUCGGGCGGGAAUCAACGAGCUCUGCAUAUACUCGAUCCGGAUCCCCGCAGCUACCACUAUCUUCAUACACUUGAAUUCCUUCAUGAGUGAAAUAUAUAAGGACGACCUCUUCUAUACAACAGGCCCAGAUUUUGAUAUCAGCGAUCCUAGUAAUUUUGGCUUCAACGGCAAUGAGACCCGACUUGGGACUUACAGUUUUGAUACCAACCAGAUGACAUUUGGGUGGAAAUCAGAUCAUACUAUUGAAAGCAAAGGGUUCAACAUAACUUAUAGCAUUGACUCCAACCCUUGCAUCAACGAACCGUGUCGAAACGGUGCCACCUGCCUACCUAGCGGAAUUAGCUAUACCUGCCAAAUUUGCUCAGUGCAGGACGGUGAAGAGUUUUGUGAACGAGGUGUUGAAGUCACAGGCACGUCCAUCUCCAUAACCAGCGGCAACCCCAUCGUGGAACGAAGGAACCAACAUCAGGUGACCUUUGACCUCAACAUCGGCACUAAUCCAGAGGGUGGCAGUGUGAUAGGAAACAACUUGUGGGCAGUCAGUUUUUAUUACAGCACAAGUGACAUAUCAGGAAACGGUGUUUCUUCUCCCAGCUCAUCGGUGGUCCUGACUCCCUUUCAGUCAAGAACGGGCAUUGUUUCGCCUGGUGUUCCAACCACGCUGGAGGAACUCUCCGGGACUCUUAACCUGACUUUAGCGGUAUGCAGAGACGUCCAGUACGUGUGCGCCAUCCUCUCACGAAACCCAUCAUCUGACCCGCCUUUCUUUAUUUCACCGGCUCCUGGUUCAGACGAAAGUGUGAUGAGAUCAUGUGUUCCAGUCAAGUGUCGAGGCAAUGCCAUAAAGGCGAGAAAUCCGUCUCCUGUGGGGAAUGAGUCUCCUGUGAGGAAUCGGCGGGACGUAUCCAAUUUAUGGUACAUGGUAGCCGGCAGAGUUAGUUCAAAGAGGUCGAAUUCACGUCGUCCCCGGCAUAACCAAUCUGAUGAACUCAACGUACCGAAUGAUCCGAUGAGAGGAGUGGAUACGGGCCGAGAUAACAGGGGGCAGGAAAGCAUGAGCAUGCCAGACAGGCCUCCUCCACCUGCACCUGGCCGACCAGGUUUGUAG